CCUACUCCCCGCGGCGCCUUAUCGACGCGCUGCUCACUGCAGGCCCCGACCCACGCGCACCGGGUGCUGGAAGGGGUAUCCCGGAGGCGGCAUGCCCCGGUGCAGCGCGCGCGACCCGAGGCCGCGGCGUACGCGCGGGAGAUAGGCGCCUGCGUGCGUGCGCGGCGCUGGGGCGCGGCAUGCGACGCGUUCGCGGCCAUGCGCGCCGCCGGGGCCACGCCCGACAGGUUCCUCCUCCCGCAGGUGCUCCGGGCCUGCGCCGGGGCGGACGCGCCCCGCCUCGCCGCCGCCGCGCACGCGCUCGCCGCCAAGGGCGGGCCCGCGCUCGCCGACGACGCCGUGGUAGGGAACGCUGUCGUCGCCAUGUACGCGGCGCUCGGGGACGUCCGCGCCGCGCGUGCAGCGUUCGCGUCGCUCCCCGAACGCGACGUUGUGGCAUGGACCGCUCUCGUGGGCGCCUACGCCAACGCCGGGGAGCUGGGCGAGGCCUUCCAGCUGUUUGAAUCGAUGCAGGCCAGUGGCGUGCGGCCUGACGUGAUUUCGUGGAACACCCUCGUCUCCGGCUUCGCGAGAAAUGGUGAUAUUGGGGCUGCACUCGAUCUAUUCGACGAAAUGCGACUGAGAGGUGUCAAGCCACGGGUCAGUUCUUGGAACUGCAUCAUCUCUGGCUGUGUGCAGAAUGCGCGCUAUGAUGAGGCUUUGGGCGUCUUCCUGGAGAUGUGCGAGACUGAGAUGCCUGAUGCAGUCACAAUUGCUAGUAUACUCCCUGCUUGCACUGGCUUGAUGGCACUGGGCCUUGGAGAGCAGCUGCAUUCUUAUGUUGUACGUUGUGGUAUCAAAUUAAAUGUCUACAUUGGUUCUUCUUUGAUUGGCAUGUACUCCGAGUGCAGAGAGUUUGCUUAUGCGAGAAGCGUGUUUGCCGCCAUUGAUGGGGAGAGGAAUGUCACUGUAUGGAAUGAGUUGAUUCAAUCAUAUAUCAGUGAUGGGAGGAUGGACAAAGCGUGUGAAGCCUUUAACUUGAUGCAGCAGGAUGGAUUGAAGCCUGACACUGUCACAUAUAACAAUUUCAUUGCUGCAUAUGCUAGAGCGGGUCAGAAAGAACUAGCAAAUGAACUGUUGUCAGGCAUGAUGAAUGUCAGCUUGAAGCCCAAUGUGGUAUCAAUGAAUGCUUUAAUAUCCGGUUUGCAUCAGUUUGGCCUCUGUGCUGAUGCACUGGAAGUUUUCAGAUACAUGCAGCUCCUAAACAGCGGAGAUGCAAAGCGCUGGACAUUUCUGGAUAAUAGCAAGCCCAUCCAACCAAAUGGUACUACAAUUACUAGUGUCCUCUCACUGUUGACAGACCUCAAGUUAGAUCGUCUUGGGAAGGAAGUACACUGCUAUGCUCUAAGGAAUGGUCUGACGUCAAACAUAUUUGUUUCCAGCAAAUUGGUUGACCUUUAUGGUAAAACUGGUGAUAUGGUAUCUGCUGCUAAUGUCUUCCAGGGAAUCAGGAAUAAGAAUGUUGUCACAUGGAACAGUCUGCUAGCAGCUUACAAGCAUAAUAGGAAGCCCGAAGUUGUUUUGAAACUAUUCUGUGAAAUGCUUGAGUCUAAUUUACUUCCUAACUUGGUUACAGUGCAGAUAGCGCUUUUGUCUUCUGGUAUGACGAUGGCAUCAGGGUAUGGGAGAGAACUGCAUGGUUACAUACAGAAAAACUGGCCUGAUGGUUAUCCAGUCACUCUUGCAAGUGAGCUAAUAGAUAUGUAUGGGAAAUGUGGUAAGAUUGAGGAUGCUAGACUGGCUUUUGAGCACAGUGUUGAAAAGGAUGUAGCAGUAUGGAAUGCAAUGAUGAGUUGCUACUUGCUUCAUAGGAUGCCUAGAGAUGUUAAAAGAUUGUUCGAAAUACUUGAACAAUCUAGAACUCGACCAGAUCCUGUUACUUUCAUCUUACUUCUUUCAGCUUGUAAGCAAGAAGGUUCCAUGGUGGAAGCUCGGAGCUAUUUCUACAGUAUGGAAGAUCUGUAUGGCAUAAAACCAAGUUUAAAACACUACACUUGCAUGGUUGACAUCAUGGGAACAGCUGGUUUAUUGGAGGAGUCACUAGAACUUGUCCAGAAGAUGCCAGUUGAGCCGGAUGCAUGCCUAUGGUCUACUGUUCUCAAAGCUUGUAAGCUUCACUCAGAUUUGGACGUUGCGGCUAAGGCUGCAAAAGCUCUUUUCGAGCUUGAACCAAAUAAUGCUUCAAACUACAUGUUGCUUUCCAACAUAUAUGCGAACAGCGGCUUUUGGGAUUCCACUGAAUCUGUAAGAGAUGCCAUGACAGAGCACGGGUUGCACGUCGAGACCCAGUGUAGCUGGCUGUAUCUUGGCACAAGUGUGGAUUUGUUUGAGGCUGGAGAUUUGUCCCAUCCUGCAUUUGAGGAUAUUUUGAGUACAUGGAAGGACUUGGCUAGUAGGAUGGCAGAGUCUGGGUAUGCUCCUCAAGACGUUGAGCCCUAUUGCAAUGUACAAGUUGAUCCAUUGUCGUGCCACCACACCGAGCGGAUUGCUGUGUGCUAUGGACUUAUUUCCAUGCGUGCCCAUGAACCGAUACGGGUCUCGAAGAAUUUCCGAAUGUGCAAGGAAUGCCAUUCCUCAAUCAAGUUUAUCUCAAGGGAUAAGAAGCGGGAGAUACUGAUUUCAGAUGGUUGCACCUAUCACCACUUCAGCGAUGGCUCAUGCAGCUGUGGGGACAUGUGGUAAGAGAAUGCUGGCUCAUAUGCCAUGGAAAAUUACAGCAAUAUGUGCUGCGGGUGAUACGGGCAACCAAUGAAACAGCCAUCUUUAACCCCUCCCCUGGGCUGCAAAUGUGGUGUGCAUCAGGGGAAGUUGGAAGCCCGGGGCUCUUGCCAAGAUCUGAGGGGACAAGUUUGGCCAGAAUUAUGUUGUUGCAUGUUGAAGGAAGUGAAAAAAAAUGUGUUGUGCGGAUAUCCAGUAAGUAAAGCAUGUGCAUGAACUUCAUGGGCGGCUCAUACUGCUGAUAGGUUGAUGAUUGCAUCUGUUCUGCUGAUAGUAGAUUUGUAGUUCAAGGAUUGUAGCAACUAGCCAUUAUGAAUCGAAAUGUUAGGCUGCUUGGAAUCAGCCAACUUUGUUGAAGAUCGAUUGUUCUUGCACGGUGCAGUUGUGAUACGAGUGUUAGAGCUGUAGGGUGUUGCAUGGUGCAGUUCUUUCAUGCAGGUCGGAGCUAAUCGUGCAUGCAUGAUAUGGUGAAUAAUGGUUUCCUGA